CCCCGCUCGGCCCGGGACUGGCUCGGGCUGCCGCCAUGGUGGCCCGGAGCACGGACAGCAUUGAUACCUCUGGAGAGGGGCAGGUGCGCUCUUUGGGGAAUGCAACCAACAAUGUCAAGGGAAAGCCAACCAAGAGGCUUUCCAUCACACGGGGUCACUUCCCCAAGCUGACUGAAUGUGCCCAUUUCCACUAUGAGGCAGUGGACUUUGGAAACAUCCAGCUUCAGCUUGCACCCGAGCAGAACGAGAACCUCAGCAACUUAGAAGAGGGGGAGUUGCUUUUUGCCAUCCAAGUCACCUGCCAGGGGAAGAGCUGGCAGGUGCAUCGCAGCUAUGAGGAAUUCCGCACCCUGGAUGCCCACCUGCACUGCUGCAUCUUUGACAGGCGUUUCUCCCAGCUUCCCGAGUUGCCUCCCUUCAGCCACAUGCGUGCUAACCCGGAGUUGCUGAUGCCCGUGCUUACGCAGUACCUAGAAAAACUGUCGGCCAUUGUGGAUAGCAACAUCAACUGUGGGCCGGUCCUGACCUGGAUGGAGCUCGAUAACCAUGGCAACCGCCUGCUGGUGAAUGAGGAAGCCUCUAUCAACGUUCCCGCCAUCGCAGCCGCUCAUGUUGUCAAACGCUACACGGCGCAAGCGUCUGAUGAGCUCUCCUUUGAGGUUGGAGACAUCAUCUCUGUGAUUGAUAUGCCCCCUAAGGAAGACAGGAGCUGGUGGCGUGGGAAGCAUGGAUUCCAGGUGGGUUUCUUCCCCAGUGAGUGUGUGGAGCUGUUCUCCGAACGCCCAGCAUCAGGAAUCAAAGCAGAUGCCGAAGGGAUGAGCUGCAGCAUUUCCAGGACCCAUGGCCUCCUCUCUCCCACCUCAGUGUCGAAGAAGCACGGCAAGCUGAUUGGGUUCCUUCGCACCUUCAUGAAGUCAAGGCCCAGCAAGCAGCGCCUCAAACAGCGGGGGAUCCUCCGGGAGCGGGUCUUCGGCUGUGACUUGGGCGAGCACCUCAAGAACGCUGGCAACGACGUCCCCCAGGUACUGCGCUCCUGCUCAGAGUUCAUUGAGAAGCACGGCAUUGUGGAUGGCAUUUACCGCCUUUCCGGGGUCUCCUCCAACAUCCAGCGUUUGCGGCACGAGUUUGACAGUGAGCGGGUGCCCGAGCUUUCCAAGGACGUCUACUUACAGGAUAUCCACUCCGUCAGCUCUCUCUGCAAGCUCUACUUUCGGGAGCUGCCAAACCCGCUGCUCACCUACCAGCUCUAUAACAAGUUUGCGGAGGCCGUGUCCGUCUCUGGGAACGAGGAACGUUUGGUGCGCGUCCAUGACGUCAUCCAGCAGUUGCCUCCGCCGCACUACAGGACCCUGGAAUACCUGCUCCGGCACCUGGCACGCAUGGCUAUGCAUAGUCAAAACACCAGCAUGCAUAUCCGCAACUUAGCCAUCGUCUGGGCACCCAACCUGCUGCGGUCGAUGGCUUUAGAGUCUGUAGCUCAGUGUGGCGCCGAUGCCUUCCAGGAAGUCCGAGUUCAGUCCCUUGUAGUUGAGUUCCUUCUCAACAACGUUCAGGUUCUCUUCAGCGAUACCUUCACCUCAGUCGGCAAGGACAGCGCAGGACGCUGCUUCCUUCCCCGACCCAAAUCCCAGCUGGUCAGCUGCCCGUCCACCCGACUGCUGUCUCUGGAGGAGGCCCAGGCACGCACUCAGGCCCUGUGCAAGAUCACCAGAUCAGAGGCCAGGAGCGAGUCCACUGAUUUGCAGGGGCAAGGAAGGCUCUCCUCUGCAGUAGGAUCACCUGACGCCAGGCAAAAGGCAGAAAGCAACGGGAGGCUGCGCAAGACCUCGGGUCCAAGCUGGAAGGCGUUCUUUGCCAUCGGGAAGGCACCCGUCACAUUCCGCAAGAAAUCUCAUCGACUCGGAGAGCUCUUUGGACUUGGAGAGUCUCUGCCGGGCACCCAGGUUGAGAACGUCACCCUGCGAUCAGCCAAGAGUGAGGAGUCCCUGACGUCACAGGCCAGUAUAACAGGGCUCCCCAAGCUGCCCUGCCUGCGACGCCCACACUCCAGCAGCGAUGCCUUCCCCACCCUGAAGCCGUGCCGUUCAUGUUCCUCUCUGGGCUCCUCUGUAUCGGGCAGGGGGGAUGGCCCAGCCGGGGCAGGAGACAUGGUUGCACGGCGCCGUUCCUCUUGGCUCGAAGGCGACUCAGAGCUGGACUCGGAGCUCGAGCUGAGCCCUCCCGGCCUCCGCGGCUUGGACUUUGACCCGUUGACUUUCCAGUGCAGCCCUCCUGUGCGGCACCCCUCACUCUCAGACGACUCAAGCUCUCCGAGUCCUAUUGGGGCCCUCUCACCCUGUUCACCACCCACAAUCGGCCAGGAUACAUCAGAGCCUCUACCUGUCUCCCUACCUGACAAGGUGUUGGAAAUGUUUGCAGGCAGUGAGGGCAAGGGGCUAAGUGUGCAUGCCUCGCCACCACAUAUGAUCUCCAUGCUGCUGUGUGCUGCUGGUGGACAGCUCAGCGACAGCUGCAAACGUGAAGUCCGCUGCAAGCUCACGCAAACUAAAGGCCACGUGUCACCUCACAGUCCAAAGGCCGAAGCCGUCCCAACAUCUCCCGGUGUGCUCUCCGUGCUGCGGCAUAUCCCCCCACCUCCUCCUCCCAAGAACCCAGCUCGGCUGAUGGCGCUGGCGCUAGCCGAGAGUGCACACCAGGCAGUACUCCAGCAGCAGCAACAGCAACGGCAGCAGCAAGCCGGCCCUGGGAAGAGGGAGCCGCGGACGCACUUCCGACGCUCACUGUCCCUGGAGUGCAAAGCAGGAGAGCUGUCGAGUGGAGCGCGGGCGCUCUACUCCAUGGUGCGGCCCAGCCCGAAGGCCUCCGGACCUGCAUCGCUGCAAGGGCAGACCAGGGGCAGGAGUGUAGGCAGCCAGUGCCGCGACCGCCAGGGUGGAAACAAGGUGCCAUUCAGCCAGGCCUCACCCCUGGGCAGCUCGGAUUCCUUUUCGCCCUACCGGCGGGUCCUCAGCGACCUGCCACAGAGAGACCCCCAGUCACAUUCCUUAUCGGACCCCUACCACUUGUCCUGCCAGUCGCCUGCUUCAUCCGUCGCCUACAACUUGCACCACCAGCCAGCUCCCCUGUCGGUCCCGUAUCCUGCACCUCGUCAGCCCCAAGACCCGUUUCCCUCGUCCACUCAGUCUCCUGCUCCACCUAAGCCCCCACCUCCUCCCCACUUCCCCAUCACCCCGAGUCCCUUGCCCCUCAAAAGCAGGCUCCCUACCUUCCAAUCCUACCUCCCAGAUCUUCAGCUCCAGCACAACAGCCGCUUCUCUGUCUCUUCUCAGGCAGGCAUUAACGGGACACCACCUCCCCAGCUGGAACACGAGAAUCUCUAUUACGAGAUUGUGGGAGAGCCACCCGCUUACCCUGGAAUGGCGCGACCGUGGCCAUCCUGCCCACCCCCAGAGUACUUGGCCACGUUCAAUGCCUCCUAUGGUGUGUUUGAGAGGCCGUGGCGCCAGCCCUACCUCCCCUCAGCCCCAUCCUCCCUCCAGCCCAUUUUAAAGAACAGCCGCAUGCACAACCAGCCGAUGCCGCCUGCGGUGACACGGCAGGAACCAAUCUACGUCAACGUGCCCUUCCCCGAGCCUCCCCCUGUCGUCCCCUCACCCUCACCCCCACCUGAAGCAGCACACCCCCGCAGUCAUUCCGACCCUGGGGCUGCUCAGCCUCAAUCAAACCACAGCAGACCUCCGUUGCCUCAGAAGCAGAGGCUCGGCUGGGGAUACCCGCCCACUGGGCAGUACCGCCCGCUCAUGGAUGUUCUGCCGUGCAGCCGCACCGUGUUGCAGUUCUAUCGCCCACCCCCAGCCUGUUGGGGACGUCCCCCCUACGGUCCCGAGCCCAUCAUCACAUACGACGGACCCCCGGCUCGCCCAGGGAGCCAGGCCUCCGCACCGCCUUCGUCUCUGCGGAAGAUGGAUGAGUGCUGCCCGUCUCCCCCGCAAUAUGGCAACGUGGAAAGGAGGGAGGGGUCUCCCUCCGGGUGCUACUUGGGGCCCAGCUGGACAGUGUACACAGAGGGCCAAACGCACAGCUACUGUUGAGAGACUGGGCCCUGUGGGCAGGCAGCGAGGAUUCCCAGGGCUGGACUCUGUGGCUUCCUCUUCCAUCUCUCCUCCACCUCCCUCUGACUGUUCAUGGAACUAUGUUGUGUACUGUUUCCUGUGAAAAGGGUGGGCGUCGGUGGGGAGGAUCUGCCACUACCGAUCUCAGCGGCAUCUCACCGAGUGUCCCUUUCGGCUGCUGUGUUUGCUCGUUUCGAUGACUUUGCCUACUGUUGUUUUCGAAAGCACACGAACCUCUGGAGGCAGCUUUGAGUCUGUCCAUCACGAAAGGCCAGCAUGGCAUCAGGGCGGAGUGCUUUGACACCCUGGCUGCUUUGCCUCUUGCUGCUGCACUUCACGAUGCGUCGGCAGGGACGGCAUCCGAGUACCAUCCCAGGAGGCCUUUCGGUCACUUCGUAAUGGACCCAGCGAGGUGGCUGAACUUCCCUGCUUUGCUCUGGUGACAGUGCUGCCCUUAAGAUAUCUCGCCCAGCUGGGGUCUGCAGGAUCCCAGACUUGCUGCUAGUCAUGCUCACAAGAAUGCGAGGGGGCAGAGUUGACGCAGUGGGGAGCUCUGGGCACCCUGAGGUUCCUGAAGCGCAUCACUGGGUGAUACCCUCGGAAUCUCUCGGGGGCUCUACCAAGGGCCUUUUGAGUGAACGCUGAACCGAAAAGUGCGGCGAUCACUUAAAAGAUGAUUUCCUUCUGGUGUUUGUAGCAAGGAAGAGUUCUAGCUUUUUAACCUAUGUCUUAACCCAAUUAAAACACUAACAGCACACACACACACACACACACACUCACUUUGUCCUGCCUCCCCAGACGUGUGACCACAGUUUGUGCCAGGAGGAAAAGGGAUGUUUAGAGUAUAUGCAGCCACAACACACGAAGCUUCCUGAUACAGGACAUACACUCUUGGGGUUUAGAUGUGGACAGAACGAGGCGAGUUCCAAGGAUUUUAGGUGAUGGGGCAGGUGGGAUUAAAGCUUUUGUAUGUUUAUUUAGAAUCAGAGGGUCUUUGUAUAUGUAUGUAUGGAGGGGGCUCUUUUGGUUUGGUUUUUCACAUGCAUGUGUGCCUGGCAUGGAAAACUUCCAUAUACGUGUGCGCGUGUUUGGGAAUCAGGUUUGUAUGCGCUUGGAUGUAUGUGAAGUUGGUGUAUCGGUGUCUUUUUUUGGGAUGUGUGUUCAUGUCGGGAAUUGGCGUGGGCUUCGAUUUGUGUAUGUCUGUGCAGGUGUUUGUGUGUACUUUGCUGACAGUAUUUUAGGAAGGGGGGAAGGAGGAGGGGAAAUUGAUGACUUACUCCCCUUGAAUGCACAGUUCCUACUGGCUUAUCCAUUCCACCAUGCUGCCGCAAUGGUAGGUGAGGAAUGAGCCCCCCACAUAACCCCGUUCCCUGUCAAAGCACUUUUCUGUGGCCCAUGGGCUCCUCAUGGUAUCAGCUCUCAUUGCAAAAACCAGAAACAGUUCGCUGUUACAAAAACAUGUGUUUUACAUUCUGUUUGAAUUCAGACAUAACUUUCAUUUCCUUUCGAUUUCAAUGGGGGCAAGAAGCGUGCACUUUGAAUGCUUUCCCAUGUAAAUCAGCAGUGUCUGAAAAACAGUUACCUUCUGCAAGGAUUUGCGGCCAACCCAAUUCUAUGCUUAUUUACAAGCAUGUUUCACUUGAUUCAAUGAGAGAGAGAGCCAAGCUACACGUGA